AUGGCCCACCUCGCCCGCCUCGGACUGCAGCUGCCCAGCCUCGGCCGGAGUCGGACAGCACUCAGGCUGAGCCCCCGCCUGGCAGCAGCAGCACGAACCCACGCCGGCGACUGCCAUCUGGUCGGGGACUCGAUCACCCGCGAUCUGGCAGACGGCACCAAGGCCCUCGCCACCGUCCUCGCAGGCGUCUCGAUGAUGUUCCUGAUCUCCUCCAAGCUCACCCUCGUCAUGCUCACCGUCGUGCCCCCCACAGCCAUCGGCGCCGUCUUCUUCGGCCAAUACCUCAAAAAACUCUCCCGCGCCACACAGAUCGCCCUCGCCCAGAUCACCAGCCACACCGAGGAGAAAAUCAACCAGCUCCGAACCGUACAUACCUUCAAUGCCGUCCCUGCCGAAAUCAGCAGCUUCGACAGAAAGGCUAACACCCUCUUCGAACUCGCACGCAAGGAAGCCUAUGCGAGAGGCUUAUUCUUCGGAGGCAGUGGGUUUACCGGCAAUGCGACGAUCAUCGCAUUACUGACCUACGGGGGUACACUCGUCAGUCGAGGAGAGAUCUCAGUCGGCGAUCUUAUGGAGGACGGGAAGAUCGUCGAGGCUGGCAGCUUCGACGAGCUGGCGCGCGAAGGAACAGCGUUCAACCUCAUGAUCAGGUCCCAGCUGUUAGCCGGCGGGGGCCGGAUGUGA